GUCCCAAUACUACCACUGGACGUGUACAGUCAGCUUCAGUUUUCAAAGUCUUAACGGAUCACCAAGGUGUAACUGAUUUAACUACUGACUUGUGAUUAUACAUCUUCUCCUAUAUAUUUGUUUAUAGUAUUAUUAUUAUUUUUUAAGUUAGUCAUCCAUUAAGUGUUAUGGCCAAAGGAGCCGAACAAUUUUCCCACGCGGGUUUGUUAACUAAUAAACCGGUCUGCAAAGAUGAGAUCAAAUUAGCUGGAAAGCAUUCUCAGAGGAAGCAGUUAUCAAUAUGCAACAAGCUGUGUUAUGCCGUAGGAGGAGCCCCUUACCAGAUCACGGGGUGUGCCCUUGGGUUCUUCCUCCAGAUCUACCUGCUGGAUGUGGCUCAGUUGGACCCAUUCUAUGCGUCCAUCAUCCUCUUCGUUGGGAGGGCGUGGGAUGCAAUAACUGACCCUACAAUCGGGUUCCUGGUGUCCCGUUCCCCCUGGACGCGCAUCGGACGGAUGCUGCCAUGGAUCAUUUUCUCCACACCUCUGGCAGUGAUCUGUUACUUCCUCGUCUGGUACGUUCCUUCCUUUGAGGAUGGAAAAGUCAUCUGGUACCUGGUCUUCUACUGCCUCUUCCAGACGCUACAGACAUGUUUCCAUGUCCCCUAUUCAGCCCUCACCAUGUUCAUCAGUGAUGAACAGAAAGAGAGAGACUCUGCCACUGCGUACAGAAUGACGGUGGAGGUUCUGGGAACUGUGAUUGGCACAGCCGUCCAGGGUCAGAUUGUGGGCAUGGCUAACGCGCCGUGUGUCCCGGUGCCUGGUGAUGUCAUGACACAAGGCCCUAACUCCACCCUGCAGCUGGCGCCAGAGGUGAACAACACGACGGAGGUCAUGUCUCCGCCAAUCACUCUGGAUCAGACGAAAAACGCCUACAUGAUUGCGUCCGGUGUCAUCUGUGCCAUGUACGUCCUCUGCGCCGUGGUGUUGUGCUUUGGCGUUACGGAGAGGAAAGAGUCGCUGCGCCCUCGCUCAGAGCCCAUGUCCUUCUGGCAGGGCAUUCGGCUGGUGAUGGGGCAUGGACCCUAUGCCAAGCUGGUUAUAGGCUUCCUCUUCACCUCCCUCGCUUUCAUGCUCCUGGAAGGGAACUUCGCUCUAUUCUGCAGCUCCACUCUGGGAUUUAGAAACGACUUCCAGAACAUUCUGCUGGUAAUCAUGCUGGCUGCGACCCUCACCAUCCCCUUUUGGCAGUGGUUCCUUACACGGUUUGGGAAGAAGUUGGCGGUGUAUAUCGGUACCUCGGUCGUGAUCCCCUUCCUGAUUCUGGUCGUGUGUCUGAAGAGUAAUCUGGUGGUCACCUACAUAGUGUCCUUCAUGGCGGGUGCCAGCGUCGGGGCCGCCUUCCUCCUUCCAUGGUCCAUGUUGCCGGACGUGGUGGAUGACUUCAAGGUCAAUAACCAGGACUCCCAGGGUCACGAGGCCAUCUUCUACUCCUUCUACGUCUUCUUCACCAAGUUCGCUUCCGGAAUCUCCCUCGGUGUCUCGACUCUCAGCCUCGAUUUCGCAGGCUAUGUGACUCGGGGCUGCACUCAGCCUGAGAAUGUGGGAAUCACCCUGAAGGUGCUGGUCUCCGCGGCGCCCAUAGGACUCCUCCUGAUUGGCUUGUGUAUACUCUACACUUAUCCAAUUGACGAAAAGAGAAGGCAGGACAACAGGAAAAAGCUACAGGAGCAACGUGACAGCGAAUCGGACUCAGACACGGACUCUUCAGAACCAACCAAUGUGGUGUAGCCAUUAAAAAGGACCAAUGGGCUGAGGACCGAUCACGACCGUACAGAUGCUGCUCCCACCCAAUCACGGUGCUGCUGGUUGGCGGCUUCCUCGUGUUGUGAUGGCGACCGCCCACCCCAAGAGACCACAACAUGUAUUGUUGCCUUGGCAAUGGAAUAAAAACGACCGACAGCCUUCCCCGCUCGAUUACCACCCACUUCAGCUGGGGCAGACUUUCCAGACCGAAGUCACUCGAUCGCUGUUGUUAAGCGGUCAAACCACGAAAGGCAGCUUCGUUCCAAGCGCCCUACACACAGUAGAGCACGGAGAGCUUAAAGUAGAGCCCCAUGCUGAGUGUGAUUUGUGGCGCAGCCUUUUUCGCCAAAGUCCACGGAAGUUGCACAGAACCUUGUAAUGUGAUGUGUACUGUUUGGUGGUUUAUAUGACAUUUGUGGGUGUAUAUUGCCUUUAAUUUGAUCUCAGAAUGUUUAUUGUACGUAUUACUUGAAACGACUGACACUGCACUUGAAUGACCUACGUUACCACUUGGAUUAAAGGAGUGUCCUCGGUGGUUGCCCCUGAUCAACAGUGUGUUUCUAGGCCAAAGACACCUUGACUAUGUUAAAGCACUUGGUUUUGAUUUCUAAAUCCCAACGAUCGUCCCACGUAGCCAGGCAAUCAUUCACAUUGAUUGUACAACAUUUGAAGAUGUAUUUGUUAUUGUCUAUACAGACUUGUUUUCUACUGUCAGACGAGACUUUGGAGUAAAUCCAGAAUCCUUGCCCUCUAAACAUCAUCUUCUGCACAACAGGUAGUGGUUCAACUUGACAAGCAAGGGAGCUCUCCAUCGCAGCUUCCUUUCUGUUUUGUCUUGAUGUUAAAUGUCAGUUGCAACUCCUUGUGUAACUUUAAGGUUCACUCUACUGUUGGGCCGAAUGAAAAACACUUAUACCAACACAAAACAAAACCACUAACAACACAAUAACUGCAUGGUAACUACAGCUAAAAUAACCUAUAAACUCAAGCAUCUCUGUUUUUAUAGGAUAUUAUUUAUUGCCUUUUCAUCUAUUCACUUCACUUAGUCUUUAGGUUAUAACAUAUGGUACUAAUCUAGAAAGAUUAUAUAUUUUAUUUAAGUAUUUAUUUUCAUGUAAUUCUGAAUCAGUCUGAUAAAUUGUUAUAUUUAUGCUUUUUUUUUAAAAAGACAAUCUCUUGAGGUUGUUUUUUAUAAACUGAAUGCGUGCCGUUAAACUGUGUGCAGGAGUAGCCGACCAGUCUCAUCCCCACUGUAUAUUUGGCUUAAUCUUUAAAUGCAGAGUGUUGAAAGUGUUGGUUUUUAAUGCAUGUCAUUGCUUGCAGCUACACGUGUGUGUGUGUGUGUAAAGAAAGGGAAGAAGUGCAUUAGAGGAAGUGUAAAAAACGGGGCCUGUUGUCAGUGUAUUGCAGUGUAUUUUAUGUCUGUGAGAGUGGUUGUCAUAGUAUUAGAAGUGUCACACACAAUGAAUGGAAAUUCAAAGAGGAAAUUAAGACCUGUAACCACAAAACAAGGACCAUCCCACACUUUCACACCAGAUAAAUAUACUACAGUAUUAACACUCAAGUUUCAGGUUAUACAUUUGCAGACACUUGAUCAGUUUUUUUUUUAGUUGUUUCGGGAAUACUUUAAGUGUCUGUUAUAGUCUUCUGGCGAUGUCCCUGAGGAAUUUUCUCCCGUUAGGUCAAUGGAGACCGCAGGCCCUGUCCAGUAGAAUGGGACUAAUAAACUGGCUAGAAGAAUUAAGAUCUCUCUCAACCAGCGGUAGUGGUCACAUGCACGGAUGGAGAGAUUAAUGCCUUUUUCAGCCGAGAAGACCUGUGUGUUGAUUAUGUGGAAGCUCAUCCAAUGUGAAAACGACAUUUUACAUUUUCUGUUAUUUCAAUUAAUAUCUUUCUGUAUGAUGUCCUUCCAGUCUGGCCGGGAUGGUGGUAACUGCCAAAUGUGUUGACUCACGUGAGAGUCCGACCAUGCCUUGUACACACACCCCUCCAGUGCAGAAUGUAAAAAUUGUAUAUAAGUAACUUGUGUAAAUAUAUUUUUUCAUGCCAAAAUGAAGUUUAAGGAAAUUGAUGCAGUUCUGUCCAUUUUGUUUAAAAUGACUACUUGUAUAAUAAAAAAGCCUACUGAUAUAAAAUA